AUGCGGGGGGCCUGGCUGGUGCUGCUGCUGCUGGGGCUGGCGGCCUGCGGCGAGCGCGCGGGGGCCCUGAGGUGCUACACCUGCCAGGAGCCCACCAGCGUGUCCAGCUGCAUUGCCAUCGCCGCCUGCGGGGCCAACGACACCAUGUGCAAGACCACGCUCUACUCCCUGGAGAUCGUCUACCCCUUCCUCGGGGACUCCACGGUGACAAAGUCCUGCGCCAGCAAGUGCCAGCCGUCGGAUGUGGACGGCAUCGGCCAGACCCGGCCCGUGUCCUGCUGCAACACCGACCUGUGCAACGUGGACGGGGCACCCACCCCGCACGGCCCCCACAGCCUGGCCCUCGCCCUGGUGCUGAGUCCCCUCCUGGGCCUUGGACUCUGA